AUGCCUCCGGCCGGCGGCCCCCGUACGCCGCGUCCCGCCGCGCUGCCCCGCAGCCUGUCCCGCCUGCGCGAGUGCCCAGGCCGCUCCCGCAUCGUGCUGGCGCUCGGGGCCACGCAGAUGGCGCUCGGAUGCCUCAUCGUGGCCGUGAGCUUCGCGGCGCUGGCGCUCACCACCUCGGCCCGCGUCCGCCACUCCUGCCCCUUCUGGGCCGGCUUCUCGGUGCUGCUGUCAGGACUGAUUGGUGUCGUCUCCUGGAAGAGGCCCCUCUCGCUUGUGAUAACCUUUUUCAUGUUGCUCUCUGCGGUGUGUGUGAUGCUGAACUUGGCUGGCUCCAUCCUCUCCUGCCAGAACGCUCAGCUAGUCAACUCCCUAGAAGGCUGUCAGUUGAUCAAAUUUGACAGUGUGGAGGUAUGUGUCUGCUGUGAGCUGCAGCACCACUCAUCCGGAUGCAGCAAUCUUGGGGAGACGCUGAAGCUGAACCCGCUGCAGGAGAACUGCAAUGCUGUGAGGCUGACCCUGAAGGAUCUCCUCUUCAGCGUGUGUGCCCUCAACGUCCUUUCCACCAUCGUGUGUGCGUUGGCCACGGCCAUGUGCUGCAUGCAGAUGGUCUCUGCUGAUGUCCUGCAGAUGUUCUUCCCACAGAGGUCACACUCCACCAGCGCCGCCUGCAUGACUCCCCACGGCACUAUUCUCCACCAGACUCUGGACUUCGACGAGUUCAUUGCCCCACUUCCACCUCCGCCCUACUACCCUCCAGAGUACACCUGCACACCCUCUGCUGAAGCCCACAGGGGUCUCCACCUGGACUUUGCUUCCUCUCCAUUCAGCACUCUGUACGAUGUUGCCAUCAACAGUCCCAGCAUGUUGUACCCUGCAGAGCUGCCCCCACCAUACGAGUCCGUGGUGGGCCAUACCACUGCCAGCCAGGUUCCAAGUGUCAAUCACCAGGUGGCUGAGUCCAGUUCCGGGGACCCAAAUACUGCUGCUGGUUUCAGCACACCAGUGCCUGCCAGUAGCACAAGUCUCCCAACAUCAGAAGGUGUCACCUCACUGGAUCCAAGCCACCCAUCCCCUGAUGGCACUUUAGACACCCUACCACCCAUGAUACCUGCUCCAGGUCCUCACCAGAUGUCUCCAGAGGCAGCAAGUGUGAGCACACAGGCACAACCAAGUCUUGGGCGUGUUGCCCGCUCAGCCAGUGACCCCACCUCCUGCACAUCCAGUGAGGCAGUCUCUACAUCACGCUCUGCCAUGGCUGCCUGUCAUCACCAGCUCUCACCCCCUGGUGACCCAGACACCUGGAAAAUGGACCAACGGACCAAGCCAGAGGCCUUACAAACCGUCUCCAAAGAGCGGCCACACUCCUUGGUGGAAAGCAGGGCCUAUGCAGACACUAGGGUCUUGGUGGCUAAAUUUUUGGAACACUCACACUUUGCCCUCCCUCCAGAGGUGCGACAUGUGAUGGGCACCAUCUGCUCAGCAGUCACCUCGGAGGAGCCCCAGGUGGAGGAGGCCAUCUUUGAUCCUAACGUCCUGGACCAGCUAUGAAGCAGCUUUAGGCCUGGAUGUGGACACUGAUGGACUUGGCAGUUGCACAGCCUGGUCUUUCAGGAAGCCACCAUGCUAGAUACAGAGAGGCUUUUGGCCUAGUGGGCAGAGAACAAUGGGGACACCCAGGAGGCACUCCAGUGGCUUGGGUGGGGAACUGUUAACGCCUUCUCCCAUCAGUUGGCUUCCUGGGGAUGGUUUGCUCCCUGUCCUAGUAUUUCAGAGAUGUUUCUCUCAUGUUAUUAGUGAACUCUGGUUGUAUCAGGGGUGCAGCCCUUCACUGAUGAGUAUGACAGGAAUACCAGUCCAGUGACAGGUGACACUUGAGGAACAUAAAGAUACCACAUCUUCCAAGCCAGCAGUGUUAAGGCAGGGUUCUCCUCUACCCUCAGUAGAGUUCAGUGUUAAAUGAUAAUGGUGACAGCAGCAAUGGGACCAUUUCCCAUGUGGCUGUAUCACUCCACAAUGAAACCUUUAUCAAAAUCAGACCUGUUAUUUCCUUUAAAAGGAAAUGGGUGAUGUUAGCACAUCCUAGGCCCACCUUUUUGCCCACUGGGCUAUCCUGUCAAUAAAUCCACAUUGAAGGCUCCAUCAUGACCCAGGGAUCCCCAGGCAGCAGGAGGGUGUUGGAAGGAUUCAAAAUACCCCCCAACUCCUUGUGUCCCAAGCCUCCAUCCAUGGGCUGUCAUCCCCACUUCCUUCCUGGGCCCCCUUUCCUUCAAGGUCCCCUAUCCUUUAACUGGAACAGACAGUUGUUACUUAUCUCUUAACAAUAUGGACCUCUCUCAGUCUCUGAGAGGGUUUCUCAUCAUGUCUGACCUCACUUGAUUGCCCUGGGUGAGUGACAGCCUGGGCAAAGAGGCCUUUGUAUCUGGAAUGUGUACACCUUCUGCUAAGGCAUGCCUCUCCUGACCCCGAGUUAUCCCUCAAGCAACCCAGGUGGAAGCAGACACAUCUGCAUUAGAGGAUGCAGACUGUCAGUCUUUUCUUCCUGAAAGAAUGCCUAGUGCGGUGGACAUGCAGAGGCAGGGAAGCUCAGCUUGGGGAUAACCUGGGCACCCCUGACUUUCUUGACUGUUCCAGACUCUCAUUUUCUGGCAACAUCUACAGCAACUACUUCCCAACUAUUGCUCUGAAGCAACAACACUGCCUGCAAGACCUUCCUGCAGAAAUGGAAACAUUCUCAUCUGGUUCAUCCAAAACAGUAGCCACAUGAGGCCACUGAACCCAUGUGAUGGCAUGUGGACCCCAAUGUAGGCACAGAAGCCCUGAGUCUGUGGGCAGUGCCAAAGUGGGCCAGAGUGUGUCCACCAUUGUUCAGUGCCCAACUGGUGGCCCCCCUCUGUUCUGUUCUCUGUGCCCUGUGCGUGUCUUCAUCUACUUCCCUGUUCUGGCCCCCAAAUUCCCUGUAGCUAAUAUGCUGGGGACCUCUGUGUGUUUAGAAGCUGGGGGAGGGGCUCCUGCCCACAUAUAGUGUGGGAAUCCCCCAGCAGCAGUCAGCUGCUAAUGCCCUAACGGCUUUACCAAUUAUGUAGGUUGUUGCCUUCUUGAGGUUAGAGAGUUGGAAAAUAUAAAUCAGGCCAUUUGAUGGCAGCCUUGCCUUUUCCACAAGAGACAGAGUAGAGAUGAAUUUGUGAGCACUUUAUUCAGACUAUAAAAUGGGAAAUCUAUUCUCUAAUUUUUCUCAAGUUAAGACUUUGGAAGGUCCCCAGAGCGAGUCCCCUUGAAGGUGGAAAUAAUUGAUGGUUUUUCAGAAUGACCUCCCCUCAGCCUCCGAGUGAAGCACUUAGACCGCCAUGCCUAGGCCUGGGCACCAGGCAUUUAUAUCACCUCAGAGGCAAGGUGAAAUGAGGCAGCUGCAGGGUUUCACCUUCAGGCAAUGCCCCUAAGCAGAGCCUUUGGCUGGGCUGUACUUGCAGAUCCAAACAAGCUGUAGUCCAAGGGCAGCCAGUACCCACCACACCCAGUCUGACUCAUGUACUAGGGCAUUUUCAUAAUGUAGCCAUGGUGAGCAUCCAAUGGCAAUAGAUGGGGUUCUGUAGCCUUCACUACACCUCUCCAACAGUCCCUGUUUAUCUUCCAAGUGGCACUCCUCCCUGGUUGUGCCUCCUGUCAAGUGCAGACUGACAUUGGCACCUGGAAACCUUUGGUCCCGGAUAUUUUCAAGAGAGUGGCAUGCCCACACCACUCUAGCUCAAUUCUAUGUUGGCUCUCCUAACAAGUUUAUCUUAUGGAUAAAGAAAUUAUACAACUUCAUGCCUCUGAUCAAGUGAGAACCUCUGCCUCACAGAGCAAGGCUGUUAAGAGGUUCUGGUCUCUCCUCAGUCCACCUUCUCAGGGCCCUAAAUGGCCCAUGUGGACACUAGGAAGCCCCAAGCUCCAGGCUUCCAGGAAAGACCCCCAGAAGGCUGAGGUACUUGGUUGGAGCCACUAGACAAUGUGCUUUCAAUGUAACUUGUCUCCUCUGGGUCCUUUGGCCUGGUCUCAGUGGCUUUCUGAUACUAGGAGCCCUAGGCAGCAUGUGGGUUCCCUAUCCAAGGGUCCAGGGGAAAGCUGGCCUCCUCCCCUUGCUUGCACACCCUUUCCUCCUGGAAGGUUUUCCCUGCUUCCUGUGCUGUAUCUGAGAUGGGCUGAGUGGUGAUCAUUUAGGAGGUGACUCUCUCACCCCAAUCUGGCCAGGUCCUGGGCCCCCAGCCAAAAAAAGCCAGCACCUUCUAGGACACUGUCCUUUGAUCCUGCCUGGGGCACAUGAAGAUGCUGAUGUGCGCAAACUCUGGGCCUCAGCUCUACUGCAAAUAAGGGGGCUUAUUCACAGGACUCAAGAUCUCCUUCCGAGGGAGGCAGUGAUACACUUGAAAUGCUUAGAAGGGCGUGCUCAUUUCUGAUGUUUUUUUCCUCCCCCUCUGCUGUAUCAACUCACAGAUGCUGCUGAGGCAGGAUUUAUAGGAAAUUGUUUUCAGGCCACCAGAGACCUGUUUGUACAACUCGAAAGGUUGUAUUUAUUUAAUGUACCUCAAGGUGUUUUAAUAAUGAUCAGUGUUUUAAUAAAAAGUAUUU